AUGCUGGAAUUUGACAGCCCUAUGCUGAAAGUGCGCGUUGGGUCAGGCCUCAAUACGGCAUCAUUCUUCGUGCAUCCGACACUCAUCACAUCCAGAUCCGACUUCUUCAAGCAUGCCACUAGUCAGGACUCGAAAGAAAACGAAGAAACUACAGUUGCACUACCAGAAGAUAAUCCCGUCACUUUUCGUCGAUACCUCAACCUUAUAUACGCACACCAGCUAGCCACCAAAAGGGAUAUGCAAUGGCUGAUAUUUUGCCGCCUCUACGUACUAGCGGAGAAACUACAAGACGUCACAUCAAAGAACCAGAUCAUCGACGGGAUGUGCGUCUUCUUCAACGAGAAUAUCUGCCCCGCCGUGAAACACAUGGUUCAUUUUAUUCUUCCGGCUGUAGCGACUGCGAAGCUGUAUGACGGCACCACACAUGCAAGCAAGGCCCGAAAACUCCUUGUGGACCUGUACACAGACUUCGGCUCCGAAAUCUGGCUUCGAAACGAUGAAUUAAUCCCUUUGCCCGAGGAGUUCAUUCAUGAACUCGCUGUUCGCUUGUUUGAAAAGCGCGGUCCUGUGUUCUCUGAUUUCCGGAAUAGCUGUCCAUCGUACAAAUAUCAUGACGUCCGCGGAUCUCCCCCGGAAGUGACCCCAACUGGAACAGGAGAAGUUGAGCCAGUCUUGGCAGACGAGCGGAGCGAUGCGGCGCAAGCUCUUACGGUCACGAAAAAGGAGCCUGAUGAAGACGUGUGUGAGCCCAAAGAUAUCAAGGAAGAAACGAAGCGUGAAAGCUCUGAUGUUGCAGCUGAUUAA